AUGAUUUCAGCGGUACAUGGAUUCCAAUUCUCAGCGUUCGACGUACAAAAGGAUGUGUUAGAGGCAAUAAGAAAAAAUGAUACAACAUAUUUUAUUUUUGACAAUUACAAAGGAUACUGUGAUGCAUAUGAACCAAAAAUGCCGGAUUUUACUGCAACGGGACGGAGAAUCAGCGAAAUAAAAUGCCUCGAAUACAUCUGGGAGUUGAAAAAAAGGGAAAACGCAACUGAGCGGGCUGAACUUUGUGAAAUGUAUGUAAUAAAUCAGGUUAAAAAAGGUAAUAUUCCUGAAUAUAUAUUUACAAUCAAUUCGCCGGUAAUAUUCGGCGGCCGCCAUGCAGUGGCACGAGAGUUUCCACACAUGGGCGCAAUUGGAUGGAGAGCAAGAAAUACAACAAAAAUGUGGAAAAAGUGGGUCUUCAAAUGUGGAGGGACACUAAUUAGUAAAAAUUUCUUACUAACAGCUGCACAUUGUUCUAAAAUAUCAUUGAAAGGAGUAUUCGAUAUUGUUGGAAAUGAACCUGAGGUUGUACGACUCGGUCUUCAAGUUAUUGAAGACAAUGAGUUCCUUUUGUACGGUGACCCAGUAGAUAUAGAAAUCAAGAGAUUUAUAGUCCACCCGAUGUACGACCCACCGAAAAAAUAUUUCGACAUCGGUUUAAUAGAGUUAGUCUCUGAAGUAAAGUUUAUGAGCAAUAUACAACCAGCAUGUCUUUGGUCUUAUCAAAAUUUUCAAACACUUGGCAAAAAUGGGACUAUUACUGGUUGGGGGUCUACUGAAGCAGAUUCCCACUCGUACGCACUCCAAGUUGCGGUGGUGGACAUCAUUGAUACUCCACAAUGUGAUUUGAUUCUUCAACCAUAUCGCAACAGAAAUUGGCGUGGCCUAAGAUCCCAUCAGAUGUGCGCCGGCAUAUUAGAGGGUGGCGUUGACACCUGCCAGGGUGAUUCAGGAGGUCCAUUGCAAGUAAAAAUUCCUUUGGACACAGACGAUUAUAUGUACUGGGUACUAGGUAUCACGUCGUUUGGAGUCGGAUGUGGACGAACAAAUCAACCCGGUGUCUAUUCUAGAGUAUCCAGCUUCAUAGAUUGGAUUGAAGAAAACGGUGAUUCAGGAGGUCCAUUGCAAGUAAAAAUUCCUUUGGACACAGACGAUCAUAUGUACUGGGUACUAGGGAUCACGUCGUUUGGAAUCGGAUGUGGACGAAUAAAUCAACCCGGUGUCUAUUCUAGAGUGUCCAGCUUUAUAGAUUGGAUUGAAGAACACGUUUGGAAA